AUGACUCCCCAAGAAAGAAAGGCUCUGUUUGUUACACACACUAAAGAACUCAAUUCGCUUAAUGUUUCUAUUCGGGCGCUUCAAUUUUGGGCCGAGCAUGCUCACGAGAAGUCUAACGGCAUCUUCUUGGCAUCUAAAACUUUCCUAUCGGUUCCAAGUCCACCAAUGUCGUGUGGUGAAUUACAAGAUAUAGCCUUUUGGAAUGCAAAUUGCCAGAUGCGAACAAUUGAUACGGGUCGAUAUAUGUCAUUUCGAUUUCCAGAUACAAUUUACGUUACUAUAAUCCCACAGUUGGAUGACUCGUCAAAUGUAUUGUCAAAAGUAAUGCAACAUACAGUAACGAUGACAACUAUUUUGAGUAAUCGUUACGAAAAGGAAAGCAUAUUUUCGAUCAUUGCAGUUAAUUUGCCCAUGAAAUUGAUGAGAGUGGUAAUUGAUCGAGCUACUUUGAAGUAUCAGGUCAUGUUACCAGACGCUUAUCCUUGUAAACCAGAUAAAGAAGUGCAUAUAAUUCCCGAGGCUGACCUGACUGACCUGAAGAGAGAACGAAGGAAGAUCAUUAAAGAGUUGAGCGACGAUGACGUUGAGCGAGAGAAGAUAAAAUGGAUGUAUCGCGAUUUUCGCGACAGAUUGCACGAAAUCCGAAGUGGGUUUGAUCUACCGUUUGUCAUCUGCUUCUCAAUUGUGGAUGCACAGUCAACAAUCAUCUGGUUUCGGCAACGAGAACAACCUGAAUUGCUACAAUAUCUUCCUGGAUUGUCUACGGGUAAAUUAGAGAAUGCACGGACGGUCUUUUGGCCGCGUUUUGAUCAUCCACCGGCUGUUAGGCUUCCAUUAAUAUAUUGCAAUAGUAACGGUUGUCACAAAAACCGAGGAGAAUGUGACGAUAUUGAUGUUAUGAUUACUUUUGUUGAUUAUCAAUAUCGAGGACAGUCCGAACAUGAAAAAGAAACUGCGGAUCUAAUGAUAUGCUCGCGAUGUAAGAAAGCACAAUACUGCAGUGCUGAAUGUCAGAGAGCCGAUUACAAAAGACAUAAGAUUGUUUGUAUUCGGUCUAACUAG